GGAAGUUGGAACAAUUCUGAACAGGAAGCCGAUCUGGGCAGCACGCCGGAAUCUUUGAACACAUUACUUCGGAUUGGCAGAUUGUGAGACAGACAAUUAGGAGAUCCUUCUGAGAGAGAGCGAGAGGGAGCAGAAAUGGAGGUGGAAUUGAAAGAGAUGCAGGACGAUCUCGAAUCCCUGAAGCAGUCGCUAACCGAUGCGUCUCUUCGAGGUUCCGUUGAUAAGCUUCAAUUGCAUUUAGAGCGUCUCACAAAUCUUUCAAAGUCGGGACCAGUUCGCCGAUCGAAAGUCAAGGACAUGAGUGCUGAGGUGGUAGAUAGCAACCCCUACAGUAGGCUUAUGGCUCUUCAGAGGAUGGGCAUUGUAGAAAACUAUGAAAGAAUACGGGAGUUUUCUGUUGCCAUAGUUGGAAUUGGAGGUGUUGGAAGUGUUGCAGCUGAGAUGUUGACGAGGUGCGGAAUAGGUCGCUUGUUGUUAUAUGAUUAUGAUAAAGUGGAGUUAGCCAACAUGAAUAGACUCUUCUUUCGCCCUGAGCAGGUUGGUAUGACAAAAACUGAUGCUGCAGUACAGACUCUUGUAGAUAUCAAUCCCGAUGUUGUACUUGAGAGCUAUACGCUGAAUAUCACCACCGUGCAAGGUUUUGAAACUUUUAUGUCAAGUUUGAGAAACAAAUCAUUCUCCCCAGCCAAAGCAGGCAGUGGAGUGGAUCUUGUAUUAAGUUGUGUUGAUAAUUAUGAAGCAAGGAUGGCUGUUAAUCAGGCUUGCAAUGAGCUAAAUCAGAUAUGGAUGGAAUCUGGUGUUUCGGAGGAUGCUGUUUCUGGUCAUAUUCAGUUGCUUAUUCCUGGUGAAAUUGCCUGUUUUGCUUGUGCACCUCCUCUGGUUGUAGCAUCUGGCAUAGACGAACGAACACUCAAACGAGAAGGGGUUUGUGCUGCAUCUUUACCUACAACAAUGGGAGUUGUUGCAGGCCUAUUGGUGCAAAACACCCUCAAGUUUCUGCUAAAGUUUGGACACGUUUCUCCUUACUUGGGAUAUAAUUCUCUAAAAGACUACUUCCCGACCAUGGAAAUGAGGCCCAACCCUCAGUGUUCAAAUGUGGCUUGUCUGGAACGACAGAAGGAAUACAUUAUUGCAAAACCUGCACGAGAUGCUGCAGCUAAGGCAAAGAUGGAAGCAGAAGCAUUGACCGUUGAAGAAAUCCCACUGCAUGCUGAUAAUGAAUGGAAUAUAAGUGUUGUUGAUGAUGUUGAGAUUGAAAUCGUGGGAGCAACCAGUUCAGAUACCCUUCCAGAAGGUCUAGUUCGCGAGCUUCCAAAUGCAGAUGAGCAGCAUCCGCCUCCCACUGAAUCAACGGCCCCUUUCUUGGAUGAUCUUGAAGAUCUGAAGAGACAACUGGAGGCCCUUAAUUCUUAAUCUCCAAACGAUGGUUAGCUCUCACUCUCGCUAUCAUUUGGUAUCACCAUUUCGCUCCCCUCUGCAAAUUGAAUGUGAUUGAUCCAGUCUGAGUUAUAGUGUACAAUUGCACUCUAGGGGUUCAACAGACAACCCCCCAAAAGAGGGAAAAAAGACUACAUCAAAGAGUUACUGGUUACUGACUGCUAACGUUUAUACACCAAAACAUCCGGAUUUCAUUUUUAUUUGUCUUAAAUUUUGCUACUCAACUUGUAAUAUCAGUAGCUUGUCACUGAAAGUAUCGACAGUUCGUCAAAACAAGCAAUUCAUCUUCCAAUAUUGUCAAAAAAGAAAGAAAAUUUGAGUUC